AUGGGGUCGUUCAACGGCCACGUGCUGCCGGGAACACUAUUUCUGGCUGUGGGCCUGUGGCGGGUAUGGUCCGCCGUGUCGCGCUUCGCCGCGGACCCGCCGGCGUUCCACGUCCGGGCCUGGUGCCCACUCGAGCUCCCCAGGGCGCCCCGCCUCCUGGAGCUCUACGUGGUGGCCGGCGGCGCGUUCCUCGACAUGUGCCUGGAGCUCGGCGGCGGCGUCCUCGCCGGCCGCGGCGGGGGUUAG